GUAGAUCUAGACUACCAGAGAUCUAGAAUCUAGCAGAUAAAUAUCUAAGUACCUACAAGACAAGACAAGAUGAACGCCGCUAUUGUCCUCGUCCUCUUCUCGGUCCUGGCUGCGACACAAGCGUACGACCCAGAGGAGUGCGAUAUAAUCAGGGUGGAAAGUUGGAACUAUAAGUACGCCGAGAAGAUAGUACAAGAUGCUUCGUAUGUCCUCAACAUGACGGUCGUAGAUCAGCAGUCCGCGGCUGCGUGUACCCUGGGGGAAUCCUUCGGCUACCAGAAAGCCACACUUUGGGUGGAUCACGGCUGUCGUGCUGACUUCAAAGUUUGCCAUCUCCCAGUGAGGCGCACGGAGUGCCAAGUACUUAGGGUGGAAAGUUGGAACUACAAGUACGCUGAGAAGAAGGUAGAGGGGGCCGCAUUGUUCAUCAACAUGACCGUUGAAGAUCGGCAGUCCGCAGCCAGUUGCGAUCUGGAUAAAUCCUUUGGCUUCUACAAUCAGAACUCCACAGUGUGGGUGGAUCAUGGUUGCCGUGCCGACUUCAAUAUCUGUUAUGUCCAAGGCGCCACCAGCACAACUACGGUAAACGUGAGCAGCUGGAACUACAAGUACGCCACCAAGGCUCUCCCCUCCGCCUCCUGCAUCUACUCCAUGCAAGUGGCCAAGCAACAGUCCGCGGCCCCCUGCACUCUCGGAACCACUUAUGGUUUUGUGGCCAAUACCAUGUGGGUCAGCGAUGGCUGCAGAGCUGACUUCAACGUCAGCUAUUAUUCCCUUUAACUUUAAGCUUUAUCUUAAAGCUGUAAUAUUCCACUCCAGUUAUAUUCAACUGGACAUGUUUUGUUACAUUAAAAAUAUAAUCGGAAACAAA